AUGAGUGUUGAUACUAUGAUAAUUUCAAAAGAAAAAAGAAGAAUUCUUCAAUGUGGAUCUUAUAAAGGAAAAGGUAUAGCUGUCUUUACCAGUGGAGGAGAUUCUCAGGGUAUGAAUGCUGCUGUAAGAGCUGUUGUCCGAAUGGGUAUAUACUUAGGUUGCAAGGUCUAUUUUAUUAGAGAAGGAUAUCAAGGUAUGGUUGAUGGUGGAGACUGCAUUGUUGAAGCUCAAUGGACAUCAGUUUCUUCGAUUAUUCAUAAGGGGGGAACUGUUAUUGGCUCAGCUCGCUGCAAAGAUUUUCGAGAAGUUGAAGGAAGAAUGAAAGCUGCAAAAAACUUAAUACAGCGGGGAAUUAAUAAUUUAGUCGUGAUUGGAGGUGAUGGUUCUCUGACUGGUGCUAAUUGUUUUAGAAAUGAGUGGACAACUUUGGUGAAGAAUCUUCUGGAUAAAGGUGAAAUAAGUUCAGAACAAGCUAAUAAAUGUGAAUACUUAAAUAUUGUUGGGCUUGUGGGUUCUAUUGACAACGAUUUUUGUGGUACGGAUAUGACUAUUGGAACUGAUUCAGCUUUGCAUAGAAUCUUAGAAGCAGUGGAUGCCAUAGUUUACACUGCUUAUUCUCAUCAAAGAACUUUUAUAAUGGAGGUUAUGGGUAGACAUUGUGGGUACUUGGCUCUAGUUUCGGCUCUUUCUUCAGAAGCUACUUAUGUUUUUGUUCCUGAAUUUCCUCCUCCAGAGGAUUGGGAGUCAGAUCUCUGCAAAAGAUGUUCAGAGGAAAGAGAGGCUGGGCAAAGGUUGAACAUAAUAAUUGUAGCAGAAGGUGCUGUAGAUAGAAAUGGUAACCCUAUCACUUGUGAAAUGAUAAAAGAUAUUGUAGAGAAAAGACUGAAGCAAGAUACUAGGAUUACUGUUCUCGGUCAUAUACAACGAGGAGGAAAUCCAUCUGCUUUUGAUAGGAUCCUUGCUUGUCGGAUGGGUGCAGAAGCUGUCAUUGCCUUAAUGGAUGCUACUCCUAAUUCUGAAGCUAUAGUUGUAAGUCUUAAUGGAAACCAAGCUGUUCGUGUUCCUCUCAUGAAAUGUGUCGAUAGAACAUUAGGAGUUGCCAAGGCAAUGCAGGAUAAAGAUUGGGAUUUAGCUGUUGAGCUUAGAGGGAGGAGUUUCAGGCGGAAUCUUGAUACUUAUUUACUAUUAAAUCAAGGAGAAGGAAAGGUUAAAACGAAUAAAGAGGAGCCUAUCCUUAAUCUUGCUGUAAUGAAUAUUGGUGCACCAGCUUGUGGUAUGAAUUCUGCUGUGCAGACAUUUGUACGUGUAGGGAUAUUUAAGAACUCUAAAAUUUAUGGCAUACAUGAUGGAAUUGAUGGAUUAAUUAAUGGAGAGUUCCAAGAAAUGAAGUGGUCAGAUGUAACUGGCUGGGUUGGAGAAGGAGGUGCGCUGCUUGGUACAAAAAGAACACUUCCUAGAGGUCAUUUUCAAAGAAUUGCUGAACAGCUGAAUGCUCAUAAUAUUCAGGGCUUGUUGAUUAUUGGAGGUUUUGAGGCCUACCAGACUGCUCUUGAUUUUGUAUAUCAAAGAGAUAAUUUUAAACCUUUUUGUAUACCGAUUGUUGUUAUUCCUGCUACCAUUAGUAACAAUGUGCCUGGCACUGAUUUUUCACUUGGUUGUGACACUGCUCUCAAUGAGAUUGUAGCGAUAUCAGACACUAUUCGUCAAUCUGCUCAAGGUACAAAAAGGAGAGUAUUUAUUGUUGAAACGAUGGGAGGAUAUUGUGGUUAUUUAGCUACUCUUGCUGGUUUGGCAGGAGGUGCCGAUGCUGCUUACAUUUAUGAAGAAAAUUUUUCAAUAAAAGAUUUACAAAAAGAUUUGUACCAUAUGGCCUCAAAAAUGGCCGAAGGAGUACAGAGAGGCCUUAUUAUACGAAAUGAGAAGUGUAAUGAUAAUUAUAACUGCGAUUUCAUGACAAGAUUGUUCGCUGAAGAAGGGAAAGGUGUAUUCACUGCAAGGAGCAAUAUUAUAGGUCAUAUGCAACAAGGAGGUAGUUCUUCUCCAUUUGACAGAAAUAUGGGAAUAAAACUGGCACUAAAGGCUUAUUCAUGGUUGGAACAGGAAAGUCAAAACUGCAUGAACAAUGGUGCUGUCUACACCAAUGAUCCCCAAACUACUGUAGUUCUUGGACUUAAAGCGAGAAACAUUACAUUUACACCUGUUAUUCAGCUUGCAAAAGAUACUAAUUUUGAGAAACGUAUACCAAAGCAUCAAUGGUGGUUAAAACUUCGUCCACUUCUGAGAAUUUUCGCUAAACAUGAAGGCAUAUAUGAAGAUGAAGGGGCAUUUAUCUUGGAUGAAAGUACUUCUGAUGACUGA